UUCAGUUGGUUAUCCACGCUCGCCGGUCAGCCACGUUUAUCGCGCCACUCUGCUUGUUUUUAUUGGCAGAAGCAAGCGUAAAAAGUGAAAGACACAACGGAUUCUGGAAAUCAAACUUAACAAAUUUCUUCUUGUGAAAAGCGAAAGUGUCUGCCGGACAAAUAACAAAACAACUCGCUAAUUAGACACCACGCCAUGACGAGCAACCAAAGAAUUAUGAGCCAAUGGUGAUGAUCAGUGUUUGUCGCCGCAGUUACUGUGCGUGUUAAUUUUCGGGGAAGCACCGUCGUUGCAAGUGAGUAAAGUGAGGGAAACCCGUUCAUUGGACACCAAAUGGCCGUGAAAAGCGCCGACUAGGGAAGAGAGCGGCGCAAAAACUACAAGGAAAAUUAACGUCAAGCCAGCAGACAAACUGCACUCGAAGCAAUCCGAAGCUAACUGGAAAAUGGAUAAACAAACAUAGAGGAGCGAGUGUAGACGAAACAACUUUCAGCCGCGGCAAGAAAUACAGUUAAGGUUUUGCGAGGCGGAAGAAUCUAGGAAGAGCGACGUGUGAAUGCAGGAGAAGAUACCAUUAACCAGCUACAAGAUACAACCGAUAGCGCACUGCAAAAAGUCAUCGACAACCGACCGAACCGCUGAGAAGAGCGAAAACCCAGAGAGCGACCGGUCUGCCUUAAGCCUGGCCAUGAUCUUGGCCAACUGUUUGGGCCACAACGCGCUCAGUUGUUAACCAGACGCGCACGCAUGCGCACACGAGACGCGCGAACAGGUGAUUUGCAUAUCCACGAGAUACAAGUAACUUCCAGAUACGAAACCGUUAGGCCGUAGGUGUGUCGCUGUGAAGUAAUUGCAGGUAGCUAGAUAGCCGACUAGAGCAAAUAGAAAACGCGCUAAAUGCGACAGCGAAAUUCCAAACAAACCAGUCGAAAACAAACACAACGAAGAAAGUACAUUAAAAUCAAUAAAAAAAAGAAUUGAGCUGUUAAAAAAAUCGUCCGUCAAUCAAUGGAAUUGAGUUAGCGUGCUAAGCCGAGUGCCUCAUAAAUUGAUUUGUCGAUUGGCUAAUGGUUUCGCCAAUAAAGCCGCCUAUUGUGUCCGCUAAAACGAAAGGUUCCCAAACACGUACCCCGGUGAAAUCAGCUAAAUAAACUGUUGGGUUGCACUGAAAUUGCAGGGCCAAGGUGCAAUUCCAAUAGGAAAAGACAUAGCAAUUGCACUUGCAAUUGCAUUUGCAACUGCAGGUUGAAGGUGUGAAGGAGCCGUCAGCAGUGCUGCUAACUGGCUGAGUGAAACCAAAAUAAAACGAAACUGAAAUGCCCAAUACAUACAGUGCUUUGCCCCGUAAUUGGAGCUCAGGUGAGAGCCAGCGACAGUGGACAUCCUCCAGUAGAAAUCGCACCUGCCACCCAGUGAGCAUGGCCAGAUCAACGAGUGGCCACUUGAUUUUCCUCCUCUUGAUCUGCCUAAUAAACUCGGCCGCCAAAGCGGAUGGAACGGCUCGGAAUGGUCGUCUUGGCCGUCAUCUCUCCACCACUCCUUUGAGCCAUCUGGCCAUGGAAUCACAGCCAACCGAGGAGCAGGAGAUGGUUACCGAGUCACCAACGGAAUCCCCAGAGGAUGUGGAGCUUGCGACGACGACGGAACUGCCGCCGGAAGAGCCAGUCUUCUUGGUGAAUGCCACAGAGUUUCCCACGAGGAAGCCAAUGGACAAAGUAGCUCCCACUGAUACGCUGCUCCUCAGACUGGCCCGGCGAUUCGCCAGUGGAAACGAGCUGUGGGACGGCCUUGUCCGCGAUUGCUAUCUAAAGCCAGAUGUAUCCUGCUUCCAAAAGAACGUCUUCAGCUACCUGGAUACCGCUCUGGAUGUGCAGGACGUGAAUGUGACUCAAAGGCUAAAGUUCUUCAAGAACCAAGUGGACUACCAAGUGGACAAGGAGAAGGAGGAACACUCGGAGGCACGUGCCGCAGCCAGUGCGGAAACCCCGAUCGAGGAAGUGACCAGCGCUCUAUAUGGCAAGAGCAUCAAGUUUGCCAUGACCCACGAUCUGGAGGUUGACCUGCCCGAGGUUAUGUUCAAUGGCGCCACCUUCCGCAUCUCGCCGCGGGCCAUCGAAGGCAACGGAAUCAUCGCCAAGCUGGAGCUGAUUCCCAAACAGGUGGUCAAGGCCCGACUGGCCGGGGCGAUAAUCCAGAAGAAGAUACAAAAAUUUCUACGCAGCAAACUGGUGCUGUCAUUCCUCGCAUUGCUGCUGAUCAUUAAAAUCAUCAAGAUCAAGUUGUUCUGGCUCCUGCCAAUCGUCAUCGGAGUUGGUGCGGCCAAGAAGCUGCUGCUGAAGUUCCUGCUCUUCCUGUUCCCAGCGCUGUCGCAUCUCUUCAAGCUCUGCUCGCACUACCAGCAAUCCUAUCACGCACCCGCCAAGUACCACCACCACCAUCACCUCAUCGAUCAUCAUCACACGGUUGUUCCGCCAUGGCACAGUGGUGAGCACCACUCGGUUCCGGAAAUCAUUUAUACCCACCCGCCGAAGGGCCAUCCGUCCGCCUAUCUCCAUGGCGCUCCGGUGCACGAGAGCUACGGACCCGGAUUCGAGCACUUCGAGGGCGCCUGGGAGAACAGCGGUCCUGGCCUGGGAUCCGAAUACAUAGGCGAUAUAAAUCGCGUUGCACAAAUAGAGGAGAAUGCCCAUUUCUUUAAGCCACACCCGGCGAAUGACGCCGGGGUCCUGCAUGCUUGGGGCCUUGGCACCACACAACAGGCACAACAUCAGACGCACCAGCCACAUCAAAGAUGGCCUGUCACCCAGCAGGCGAGGCCACCCACCCAACUCAAACAGCAGCAGGCGCAGCAGCAGACGCAGCAGCAUCAGCAGCAGCAGCAGCUCAAGCUUCAGCUGCAACAGCAAUUAAGUGCUCAGAAAGUACAAGCCUCUAGUCACAGUUUAAACCCAUUUCAAAGUCAGGACAAACAAAGCUCAAGGCCGGCACACACGCAGCACCAUCCGGUGUACGUCCCGGGACAGGGACACCAUCCGCCGCAAAAUGUUCCCGGACUGACGGCAGCCGCACAAAUUGCCGCGCAGUACGAUCCAGCGCGCAACAAUCAGCAUCCGCAGCAACCGCCGCAGCAGGCAAAUCACGCUGUUCAGGAGCCACAACUUUCGCCCGAAUUAGCAGCCCAGCUGAAGGAGGCUAUCCGCAUUCAGGCCGAGCAGCGGCUCAUCCAGCAGCAGCAGAAGAUACUGGAGCACCAGCCAUUCGUGCAGGAUGGACAGCCGCUGUAUCCGCUUAACUACGAUCCGUUCUACAGUCCCAUUCUGCUGAAAAUCGACAAAAUCAUCGAGCAGCUCGGAGUGAAAAACGACCUAUGCAAGGAGCGCAUUGUGUGCAGCAUGUACAAGGAUCCGGCCACCUACAGUCCGCACAGCAAUUUCAUUUCCGCGGAGCUGAGUCGCGAUACCAGCGAACUGGAGCCCGUAACGCAUGCGAAUGAGGCAGUGCGUCGCUUCUACCGGCUAAUUCAGGCUGCCCGGGAUGGUCAGGAUCAAAAGGACUGCCCGAGCCUGUACCCACAGUGCAAUAUGCCGGCCAAGUGAGCCGGAGGUCGCCAAUCUUCGAGAGAGAGAGAGACGUUAAACGUGAACGAGCAACUUUGAAGUCAAAUUUUCCUUGUUAAAAACCGAACUGUAAAUAGGCUAAAACACUUAGGCUAAGCUUAAUUUAUUUGUUAGACUCUUAUUUAUUUAUUUAUUGUAGUCGAAUGGUAAAAAACUAAAUGUCAAUUUGCGCUUUUUUUGUCACCUAGCCGCUGCUUUAAUAUUCAUUCUGAUUUUGUUCAAUUUUACAUGCAAAUUAUUCACUUCAAUCGGCUGCGGUCAGUACACUUUUUAAAUUUCCCACACACUCGUGAAUGGCACACGAAUAAUUCACAGACAAUUUACUAAAAAUACCAUAUAAUGAAAUCAGAAUGUUUAUUAAUUGCCGGCCAGACGGAUGCGGCUGCAAAUUCAAUUAGUCAAUACGCAAAAAUUGUUAUUAGAGGAGUUUUUGUCGCCAGCACAUAAAAUGGAAAAUAAAUUGAAAUUGUGUUAAA